UUGGGAUUAAAUCCGCGAGUUAAAGUCACGCGCGGUAGAGAACAGAGGAAGCCAAAGCCGACGCAGGGAGAGAGAGAGGCGACGACGACGAAGAUGAGGGAGACGGUGAAGUUGAUAAGCAUGGAGGGUUUCGAGUUCGUCAUCGACAGGGAAGCCGCCAUGGUUUCUCAGACCAUCCGAAGCAUGCUCACUUCUCCAGGUGGUUUUUCGGAAUCGAAAGACGGUGUCGUGACUUUCCCUGAUAUCAGCACCACAAUUUUAGAGAAGAUCUGCCAGUACUUCUAUUGGUCUCUUCAAUACUCAAGAGGCAAAGAGACAGAGUUCCACAUCGAGCCUGAACUGACUUUGGAGCUGAUGAUGGCUGCUAACUAUCUUCACACUUGAAGAGUUAAAAUGAUAAACUCUGCUGAAUCUUACUCAAAUAGUAUAGUUUGGUUUAGGCCUGGACAUAAAAUGUAAGUACCUGGAUCAUUUGUGUGGGAACAUAUAUCUAAAACGCUGUUAUGUUUCGUUUCCUUUGAUAUUAGACUUACCAAAGUUAUACCAUU